UCCGCCCCCGGUCCCCUCCCACCCGAUGACAUCACACGACCCGCCCCGCCCCUCCAAGCCUUUAAUCUGCUCUGAUAGUAUAAAUAUAGGAGCGGGGGAGGGGAGGGGUAAUUGUCCUCUCCUGCACAUACACGGGUCUUUGCAUAGGUGUCAGCAUGAGUGACUCAAAGGCCAAGACUGCAGCAAAAGGGGCUUCUGCAGAGGAGACUGAGAAACGAGGUAGAGGUCGUCCUCGAAAAAAGCCACAGGAGACUACCAGCAAAGCCAGUAAAUCGUCCUCCCCAGUAGAGAGUGAUUCAAAGGAAAGCAGGGACCCAAGUGGUUCUCCAACCACAAAGCGUCCACGUGGUCGCCCAAAAGGCAGUACAAAGAAGCGCGGUGCAAACAGUAAGAAAUCUGAAAGUGGAAAAGAAAGUGUGAAAAAUAAAGCCACUAAAAAGCAGGAGGAUGAGGAGGAAGAAGAGGGAGGAACAGCAGAGUCUUCAGAAGAUCAAUGACCUCAUUCCAAUCAACAAACUCGUCCUCUUACCAACCUCAGCUUCAAUUUUGAGCCCACAUUUAUAGUUAGACACAUCUGUGUGACCCUUUAAACUACUGACGGGACAAAAGUACUAAUGUUUUCUGCUACAAUACUCAGGUCAUUAUUAGUGCUGGCAGCUCUGCUGUACUAGUACUGUAUAUUUUUGAAUUCAUGCCUUCCUUUAAAUCACUGCCAGCAUUAAUGUUAUCUCUAGAUCAGCCAUUCCCAUUCUAGGAGCAUGUAGUAGAAAGUUCCCUGCACAAACAAAAAAAAAAUUUGUCAUUGUUAAAUACUAUAGACCCUUGGUACGUUACUCACUUAAAAUUCUUUAGUACAACACUUUGUUGCUUAGUUUAAAUUUUAACUAUGAAUUAGUAUAUUGACUGCAUUAACUCAUCUAGCGCAAUCUAUUCUCAGGCAGUCCAUCUUUUAACCAGUAACUUGGUGUAUAUCCUCAUGUGCCUGGGUUACUAUGGCAGGAGUGUGGCCAUUAAUGGGAACACUCAGUGCAAAUUGUUCUAAAUGGUGCUAGUUAUGCCCAUGUUUCUUGAGUUGUGCAAUAGUUUUGUUAGAAAUCUGUUUCCAUAAUUGUUUUAGGCUCCUUUUCUAAAUAAAUGGCUGACUUUG